AAUAAAGUUCCAUACAAAAAAUUCUCCUCACCUUCUGUUUGCUAAGUAGCUCUCUGCUCGGGAAAGUGGGUGUAAUGGAUGGAUAGGGACCCUAACCUGAGCUGAAUAACCCGCCUGGUGGAUCACAGACCCCCCUCAAAACCUGAACCAUGUUCGGCCGGUCGCGGAGCUGGGUUGGAGGCCAGGGGAAAACGAAAAACAUCCACUCCUUGGAUCAUCUGAAGUACAUGUACCAUGUCCUGACCAAAAACACCACAGUGACGGACCACAACCGGAACCUUCUGGUGGAAACCAUCCGCUCCAUAACAGAGAUCCUGAUCUGGGGGGACCAGAAUGACAGCUCUGUGUUUGACUUCUUCCUGGAGAAGAACAUGUUUGCCUUCUUCCUGAACAUCCUGCGCCAGAAGUCUGGACGCUACGUGUGUGUUCAGCUCCUGCAGACCCUGAACAUACUGUUUGAGAACAUCAGCCAUGAGACGUCUCUGUAUUAUCUCCUGUCCAACAACCACGUCAACUCCAUCAUCGUGCACAAGUUUGACUUCUCCGACGAGGAGAUCAUGGCCUACUACAUCUCCUUCCUCAAGACCCUGUCCCUCAAACUCAACAACCACACCGUGCACUUCUUCUACAACGAGCACACUAAUGACUUUGCCCUGUACACCGAGGCCAUUAAGUUUUUCAACCAUCCUGAAAGUAUGGUCCGCAUCGCAGUCCGCACCAUCACACUCAACGUCUACAAAGUGGACAACCAGCACAUGCUGCACUACAUCCGAGAUAAGACCGCAGUCCCUUAUUUCAGCAACUUGGUGUGGUUCAUCGGCAGCCAUGUCAUUGAACUGGAUAAGUGUGUGCAGACGGAUGAAGAACAUAAGAACAGAGGGAAGUUAAGUGACCUGGUAGCCGAGCACCUGGACCACCUUCACUACCUGAAUGACAUCCUCAUCAUCAACUGUGAAUUCCUCAAUGACGUUCUGACCGACCACCUCCUCAACCGCCUCUUCCUGCCUCUCUAUGUCUACUCUUUGGUCAGCCCAGAGAUGUCUGACGACCGAAGGAUCAACCCUCAGGUGUCCCUCUACCUGCUGUCUCAAGUAUUUCUGAUCAUCCACUAUCAGCCGAUGGUCCACGCCCUCGCUGAUGUCAUCCUCAACGGAGACCUGUCCGUCUUCACCCCGCCGACAGAAACCCACAGCACACACAAGAACACGGUGAGUGCAGGAGGUGUGCGCAGGUUCACCAAACCCCCAGAGACUCUGGAGCGCUCCCUCGAGCUGUCCCGCCACCGUGGCCGCAAGAGAACCCAAAAGAGGCCGAACUACAAGAACCUGGGCGAGGAGGAGGAUGACGACAGAGCCGGGGGAGGGGGAGGGGGCAGCGGAGGAGGAGGAGGAGGAGGAGGAGAGGAAGGCUGGGACGAGGAUGGCCGAGGAGGAGAGAGGGAGGGAGGCCGAGAGAGGGAGAAGGGAAAAGGUACAGAGGGAGUAGGAGGGAGUUCUAAGGGAAGCAGAGCGAGUGGGGAGACGGCGGAAGAGAUAGAGAUGGUGGUGAUGGAGAAGUGUAAGGUGUCCGAGCUGACGGAGCAGAACAUCACCGACGAGGAGAAGACGGCUGCAGCCACACGCACACACAUGCAGAGGAGCAGACCGUUCUUAGACAUGGUGUACAGCGCUCUCGACUGCACAGACGAUGACUACCACGCCCUGUUUGUCCUCUGUCUGCUUUACGCCGUGUCACACAGCAAAGGAAUAAACCGAGAUCUGCUGGAGCGUCUGCAGCUGCCGGUUCCUGACCAGGAGAAGACAUCCUACAGCCUGGUGCUGGCAGAGAGACUGAUCCGGAUUAUGAACCAGGCAGCACAGCCAGACGGUAAAGUGCGUCUUGCUACCUUGGAGCUGAGCUGCCUCCUGUUGAAGCAGUCCGUCCUGUCAGGAAACGACUGCAUAAUCAAAGAUGUUCAUCUGGCCUGCCUGGAGGGCGCUCGAGAAGAAAGCCUGCAUCUACUGCGGAGAUUCUACAAGGGCGAGGAGAUCUUCCUGGACAUGUUUGAAGAUGAAUACCGGAGCAUGACGAGUAAACCUCUGAAUGUGGAGUAUCUCAUGAUGGACGCCUCAGUUCUGCUGCCGCCCACCGGGACCCCUCUGACGGGCAUCGACUUUGUCAAGAGGCUGCCGUGUGGGGACGUGGAGAAGACGCGCAGGGCUAUCCGUGUGUUCUUCAUGCUGCGGUCCUUAUCGCUCCAGCUUCAGGGAGAACCUGAAACACAGCUGCCUCUGACCAGACCUGAAGACCUCAUCAAGACGGAUGAUGUGUUAGACCUCAAUAACAGUGACCUCAUCGCCUGCAUGGUGGUAAGCAAGGAUGGCGGCCAGGCUCAGAGGUUCCUCGCCGUGGAUGUGUACCAGAUGAGUCUGGUGGAACCUGAAACCAAACGCCUCGGAUGGGGGGUGGUCAAGUUUGCCGGCCUUCUGCAGGACAUGCAGGUGUCCGGCGUUGAGGAUGACAGCAGAGCGUUGAACAUCGUCAUCCAUAAGCCCAGCUCCAACCCGCACGCCAAGCCCCUCCCCAUCCUGCAGGCCAACUUCAUCUUCGCCGACCACAUCCGCUGCAUCAUCGCCAAGCAGAGGCUCGCCAAGGGUCGCAUCCAGGCCCGACGCAUGAAGAUGCAGAGGAUCGCAGCUCUGUUGGACCUGCCUGUGCAGCCAAGUGCGUCAGAGGUGUUGGGUUUCGGCCAGACAGCCAACGCUUCACCGAGCGCUCUCCCUUUCCGCUUCUACGAGCAGUCGAGACGAGCGCCCAACGACCCCACGGCCAACAGAUCGGUGUUUGCCACCGUGGAUAAAGUACCAGGGUUUGCAGUGGCUCACUGUGUGUCGCAGCACAGUCCCUCACCCCUCUCCUCCCCCUCGCCUCCCUCCAGUGGGAGUGGGAGCACAGGAAGAUGUGACUCUGUUACCGCGAGCACAAUAUCGGCUCAGAGCCCCACAGACGACGGCACAUUUCUGGAGCACACUCCUCCGUCCUCCUCGGGCGGAGAAGGAGGAGGUGGAGAAGUAACGCCUGUGCCCUCUACUCCCUCUGCCCUUAUUGCAGCUCCUAACCUGGCCCCGAGCCUGACCCCGGCCUCCCAGCCCACCAUCUCCCUGCUGACCGACAGCAGCACGGACACCCUCAGCGUGGAGUCCCUCACCCUGCUGCCCCCCACGGACAUGCCGCACCUGCACCCCAUCGCCAGCCUGGUCUCAGCGACGCUGCCCCUGCAGAGACUGGACGCCUUCAUCGCAGAGGAGGAGGAGGAAAUAGAUGGAGGAGGGGAGGAAGAGGGGUCGCCGCUGGAUGAGACGGAAACUGAUGCUACGAUACAAGAGGAAACCACGACGACAGAGCUGGUCACGCCCACCGACGAGGCCCCCGAGGACACAGCAGAGGGAGAGGAGUCCUUAGAGGACGCAGAGAGAGACACUGAGACACCAGAGUCCCCUGAGCUGGACUAAGACACACUGACACACACGCACAUUCAUGGUCAUGGCACUGAGUCUGCUCUCACACACAGAGAGGAACUAUCCAGCCUGCAGGAGGUGUGUGGCGUCUCAGUCUCAGGCUCUCCUGGAGGCGUCUCAUGGUUUGUGUUUGCACACGAAAGAAAGACUCAAUGAGGGCGAGACGACGGCUGAAAGCACAUUUCUGUUCUCUGCACUUGAGUUUGAGUUUUGAAGCAUGUGUGAGGACACACAACCAGCAACGUUUUCUACUCAUCCUGAUUGUUCAGACACACACACACACACACACACACACACACACACACACACACACACUCUCUCUCUCUCUCUCUCCACAUGCUGCUGCUUCUGGUGCUGUGAGCUGUUUGUCUGUUUGUGAGGUUUUAAAGAGAUCAGAUCUAUUUUUGUGUCAGGUGUUCAGAGAGAAAGUCACCGCCCUGCUGGUACACACGCAGGUAGCUGCACUCGCCUCUCGACACCCGAGUCUCAGACCUGUUAGCAGGCUGUCACCAGGUGGGUGUGUGUGAGUAUGGGAUCGAAUGACUCAGCUCCCUCGGUUGUGUGUGUGUUCUGCUUUUUGUCCCUUUCUCUGAUUUGUUCCAAUGAUAGAAAAUACCUGAAUGAUCUGCAGCGUCCCGCCUGCACACGGAGAAGGUCUCACAGGUGACAGUGUGGCGUCCGGCUCCUGAACAUCUGGAUGAAUCCAGGGGUGCAAACUGAGGUGUGUGUGCGUGUGUGUGUGUGUGUGAAAGCAGCUUUCUGAUUGUUUCCCUUACGCAGCUCUCCUGGGCCGAUCGUUUUCAGGUUGUUUGAGGUGCACAAAGCUUUCUUCAUAUAUGCAACAUUCAACAAACUCACUGGAUUGGCUUUUAUUCUGACCCACUGAAUCAAUGAUGCAAAAGACGUGAGCAGCUGCUGAGUAAGUGAUACCUCAGUCCUGCAUAAUGCAGAGCUGCUCAGUGUGCAGCAGGUCUCAUCCAGCGUUCACAGAAACACAGACACAGAGAGGUCAAAUCAGAGUCAUCUCAGAUUGUUGUCCUGCUUGAUUCAAAUAUCUGACAGAGUGAAUCUGUGUCUUUAGAUCUGAACUUCACCACAACACGUCUGGGUUGAAUGUAUCUGCUUUAGCCCGUCAUGCACUGACCUGAGAUCAGCUUUAGUCCCUGUGUCUGUCGGGGAAAUAUUAGAGAUGAUCGUUUUAGAGUUUGAAGCACCCUCUCUGCCGUUUAAAACAUACAACAUGUGAGGUCUGACAUCACUCGUUGGUGCUGGCAGGCGCCAUAUUGGGAACGCUGACCCAACCCAAGAUGAUCUAAAAGAGGCGGAGUCAAAGAAAGCUCAGCAAACAGCUACAAGGCGGCCAAUCAGCUGUGCCCCUGAUUAUGCAAAUGUAUGAUUUAUAAUCUUAACGCUGAUCAAAUCAGAACUUACAGUGUGUACGAGUAACGAGGAAUCAUGUUUUGAUCCAGACUCUAAUCUUGAUUAUUUCUGCUGUUAAAACAGGAGUUACUUUUGCAGCCUGCCUCUAGUGGACGCUCGAGGAACUGCAGUUUAUUGCAGUUCCACAAAGGUCACCUUCUUUAUCAUUCAAGGCUGCUGCUUGCCCAACGAUCGCGACAUCGUACUGGAAAUAUUGACUCCGACUGAUUUCCCACUAACUUGUAAACAAACAGGUGGAGUUGAGGCCGUAGUCACCUGUCAAUCAAAUCAGCCAGGCCCCUCAUUAUGCUUGAUUAUACAUAACACUGUUUCUGCACCAGGCUGUGAAAAUGGGCAUUUAAAACAGCUGUUCAUGAGUCUUCUUUGCUUUUGGAGCCAGCCCCAAGUGGGUACUUUAGGAACUGCAGCUUUUUGCAGUUCCACCAAGGUCACAAUCUUGACAUCAUACUAGAAAUGUUGACUUUGACUGAUUUCUGACAAACUUGGAAGAGUUGAGGCCAAAGUCACCUUUCAAUUAAACCAGCCAGGCCCCUCAUUAUGCAUAACUCUUAGCCUUCAUCCCCCACACUGUUUCUUUAAAAACGG